AGUAUACCUCGUGGCAUAUGUGACGGCCACUUUAUCUUUUCUGAGCUCAUUUUAGGUAGUAGGAGUCCUAGACCUAGAUCUACCGUCCCUCGGCAGUCGACUGAGUCAGGGGAGAGACGAAAGGACAGCCCGGUGACGGCAGAGAUAGCGUGAGCCUAAAACGCUUCAGUGUGAAGGAGCGUUUUGCUGGGAGUUCCAUGGGAUCACUGCCUGUCGAGGUUUACUUAUCUGGUGCAGAGCGCUUUCAUGAAAAUCCUGUCACAUUUUAGUGUCCCAUCUCUUCGCCUCCUUGGCUGAUUUCAGCAUCCAGUCUGUUCGUAACGACCAGAAAUCAGUUUCUCUACACGAGCAAUACCGCUAUCAUUAUGGCGAGCCGGUCGUCCUCUUGUUGGCCUAUGGGCCUAGUGUGGGUAUGGAUGGCUUCUGUCUUGCUACAUCACCAGGGAGCAUUAGCUCAAGACUACGACUGCAGUGAAGCUAACAGCUGCAGUGAGUGUUUAGAUGUACAUCCUGCAUGCCAAUGGUGCUCUGAUCGGACUCUGGCGUAUGUGAAUACGCCGCGGUGUUCCAAUGACACCAGGAACUGCACCAAUGCCACGCAGCUCCACUCCGAACCCCUGGUACUUGUGAGGGCCGAGCCAAUCAGUGACGAUGUGGAAGUAUCGCCACAGCUUGUAACCGCCAAGAUGAGGGCAGGUGACACCAUGAAGCUACAAGUACAACUGAGAAGAGCACCCAACUAUCCACUGGAUGUUUACUAUCUGAUGGACCACACUCUGUCCUUUGAAAGCGAUCUUCAAGUCCUGCAGAAUGACGCCGAGGCCAUAGUAUCAUCCGUCAAGCUGGCCAGCAGAAAUGCUCGUUUAGGUUUCGGUGCGUUUGUAGAUAAGCCCAUUCAGCCGUACGUCAUCACGCAGCCACAGAGCAACGAACUCAGGCCGGUAAAAAUGUGUGCUAACUGUACACUGCCGUACGCGUUUGAGAACGCAGUGCCGCUGAACGACAAUGAAACUAAGUUUGUGAAUGGCUUGACCGGACGUCGUAUCUCCGCUAGUCUGGACAGACCGGAAGGAACUUUCGAAGCCAUGAUGCAGGUCCUCGUCUGCCCUGAGGAAAUAGGCUGGCGUCCGACUGCACAUCGCGUACUUAUCGUAGCUACUGACACUGGCUACCACGCUGCUGGCGAUGGACGGCUGGCCGGUAUUGCCUUACCUAACGAUGGGCGAUGUCAUCUGGAUGCCGAUGGCACGUAUUCUGCUUGGAACACUUACGACUACCCAUCGCUGGGGCAGAUCAACAACUUCGCUCAGUUGAACAGCGUCAAUAUCAUCUUCGCCAUCAAGGACGGUGCCACAGAACAAUAUAACUUUGUGCGAGACUUCAUUCAGAACUCUGUGCAGGUGUCUCUCCAGGAGACUAACACCGUCAACAGUAUACGACAGCUGCUUAUCUCUUCAUUAUCGAACCUACGUAGAGACGCCAAGCCAUCAGUGAUCCGAGAGGAAGGUGUGCGUGUCACUAGCAUCACCGCACAGUGCAGCUUGGCUUUCAAGCGCUUUGACGUCACAGACACUAUAGAGGGCUGCCAAGAUGUGUUCGAUCGUCAAAUGGCCAGUUUUGAGGUGACCAUCCAGGCCGGAACGUGUUCUGAGCUGAAGUCUGGUGGACGCGCUCUGGUGCGUAUACCACUAUAUGGAGAUGUGGAGAUAGAAGUCGAGGGACAGUGUCAGUGUGCGUGUCAAGAGACUCCUCCCGUUUUGAACUCCACUUGGUGUACGACACAGGGCGCUGAGCAGUGUGGCCUGUGUAACUGCAGGGAUGGAUUCAGCAACAAAAAUGAGUUUCAGCGGUGUGAAUGUGACGAACGUAACCAAGCACCCUGCAUACAGCCGGGUACUUUUCAGGUGUGCAGCGGCCGUGGGAGGUGCGAAUGUGGCACGUGUGAAUGCGAAGGUCUUUCGAAUGGAACAUAUUGUGAAUGUGACAAUGGCAACUGUGAGGUUGGUGACAACGGUCUGCAGUGCUCAGGCAGUGGCGAAUGUGUGUGCGGCACCUGUAGAUGCAACGAAGGCUUCAUCGGCGACGCGUGCAACUGUGCCACUUCGGACGAUCCAUGCCAAGCCCCAGCAGAUGCGUUGUCGGGACGUCUAUGCAGUGGUCAGGGAGAGUGUGAGUGCGGUCGGUGCAGCUGUCUUAGCGGAUUCAGUGGCCCGUUCUGCGAAUCGUGUACCCGCCUGCCCGGACAGUGUGACCUGGACGUCUGCACGGCGUCCGAGGAUUGCGUGGACAUGCGCGGAUCGUCUAUUGGCAACGCUACAUCCUUCGCUGACAUAGUACGCAAUAGGCCAGGGCUAGCAGUGUGCUCCGACUUCCCAAUUCGCCUCACAGAAAACGUCACCUUGCCCUACCUCAUCGACGGUGCCAAUGCAACGCAGUGCAGUACAGUGGUGGAUAGUUGCACUGUGACAUACUAUGUGGCUGUUCGGUCGGCAACCAGACCGGACCGGCGGGUGUUUUCACCGCUGCGUAUUGCCAAGGACAGAGUGUGCCCUACGACAUCCCGAUCCGGCAGCACCUUCAACUACCUACCAAUGGUCAUCGGCAUAGUGCUUGGUCUGUUGUUCAUCGGCGUGGUGGCGUUGCUCAUCUGGCGCUACUACACAUGGCGUAAGGAUGAGCAAGAGUACAGCGAGUUUGUGAACAACACCAAAGACCAGGAUUGGUCCAAGUCUCAAAACCCGCUAUUCAAGAAUGCUACCAUGAAGUUUGACAACCCUAUCUUCUACACGAAACCGCCCACCAACGGCAAGGGAAUCGAAGGCGAGCCAAUUUGAGAUGUGCCGCUGAUGAGUCAGUGUUUGUUUUUCUGAACUGAACUUCCCCGCAAAGAGUUGUCUCGACCGCACAUAGCUGUGUCAAUCGCACAUAGCUGUGUCAAUCGCACAGAGAUGUGUCAAUUGCAUGUCCUGCUGGUGAUGGGUAUAUUUAGACAUGAAUAGCCUUCAUCUGGCUCUUGAACCGACGUUGAUUUCGUAGUCCGAUCUUUAUCCAAUGCUCCAGUAUACUACGCAUAGCAGAGACCGAGAAGGAGAAAGAAAGAUGGAGAGAGAGAGAGUGUGUGUGUGUGCGCGCGCGUGCGUGUGUGUGUGAGAGAGAGAGAGAGAGAGAGAGAGAGAGAGAGAGAGAGAGAGAGAGAGAGAGAGAGAGAGAGAGAGAGAGAGAGAGAGAGAGAGAGAGAGAGAGAGAGAGAGAGAGAGAGAGAGAGAGAGAGAGAGAGAGAGAGAGUUGUGACAACAUACAGGUACCAGUUGUUGAUCUGCACACAAUCACCCACCACGCAUCUGUGUAUAUUUCUUUAUAGCGUCUUGAGCUCCGGUGUGCACAUGCAUGCAGUGUACAGUCACAGAUGUUGCGCAAUCAUUGUACCUGCUGCAGAGAGCGUAGAGAUAAGCUAGAAGCUUACAGUCUGGCUAGCUCCAUAUACGUUGACAUAACAAUCCGAUCGCCGAGCAUGGUCUGCUAGGCAUGCAUUGAUUGAGAUCACCUCAUGCGUAAGGUGUGUGUGUAAGCUUCAAGGCCAAUGACAUGAGCAUAUCCUGCACUAUGCUUUUUUCAACUUCUGUUUUUAGCCGCUCUCCCGAAAGCACAUUUAUGGCAGUGUGCUCGAUGUUUCAGUCCUAGUGCAGAGCCCUAUAUAUUCUCAUUGUUUUAAUGUUUUGAGCGCAUUUUGAGUACAUACGCUGCAACCCUCACCCAAUGACUUGAGAACGUUCCUGCCAUUUUGCCAAUUUCCCUGUAUUUAUCCGGCUUCUAGUCAAUUUCAGUAUUGCAGUCUCUUUUUUUGUUGCCCUGCAUUCGGUGCAGCUGACGCCGGCGGUGUGGUUUGGUGCAUCAAUACCAGGACUGUACUGGUGGUUUCAUGCAUGGAUGAAAUUUUCCUGCUAUACAGUAAUCGAACACACAUGCUGUAUGUAUGCAUGGCAUAAUGCUGUAAAUCGGUAACCAA